UGGUAUGCUUUAUGAUAGUCGGACAGGUCUCAACCAUGACCAGUCCAGAUCUACAGCAGAUGCUACAGGAUCUCGACACUUUCAUCCAGAACCUGAUGACAUGUGAGUCCAGGCCUGUAGUCGGACUGACCGUGUCCGUGGUCAAGGACGGCCAGACCGUUUUCGCCAAGGGGUACGGCCAAAGGGACCUGCAGACGGGACAAGCUGUGGACAACAGGACUCUCUUCGGAGUCGGCUCCAUCUCCAAGUCCUUCACCUCAGCCCUGUUAGCGGCCAUUCUCGGGGAGAGGGAAGACGUGAGCUGGGACACCGUCCUGACGGACAUCCUGGGGCCGUCCUUCAGGUUCAGGGACCAGUUCCGUACCGAAGAAGCGACCCUGAGAGAUCUUCUAGCCCACAAGACCGGUCUGGAAAACCACGCUUUUGCCAUGGGGGCGGGACAAGAUAUAGACAGAUCAGGAUUGGCAAGAAGAAUGCGGUACUACAGGCAGGUCUACCCGUUCCGUACCUUCUGGCAUUACAACAACGCCCUCUACACCCUGGCCGGGCACGUAGCUGAGAGGCUAACAGGACAGUCCUACGAGGCCCUCUUGCGGGAGCGGAUAUUACAGCCGCUAGGCAUGGACGACACAGUGUACCUGGCUGACGCGCUGAGGGAUGAGGGUUUCUCCAACUUUGCCCAGACGUACUUGACCUAUAACAGAACAGGUCUGUCGAUGCCGUACAGUGAAGAGGAGUUCAGGCCUCUGAAACUCCAUCUGCCGGCAGGGGGCGUGGUGUCCAACGCCUUGGACAUGGCCCGGUACAUGAAGUUCCACCUCAGCGGGGGGAGGGACACGGCCGGCCGCCUGGUGGUCCCGGAGGACACCUUACGGCAGACACACACGGCGGACUUCACCGCAGCUCCGCAGCUAGACAAACUCGAACCUUACUGGCCAGUGGAGGCGGGGACGACGCAAGGCUAUGGGUUAGGGUGGAUGGCGGGCACCUAUAGAGGAUUCAGACGAGUACAACACAGUGGCUUUGUCGCGGGCUUUGCUUCUCUACUAUCCCUGUACCCUGCCGCUUCGGGAGGAGUCUAUACCUCCGUCAAUGGUCCGUACACAGCCGGGGUGGCCUCCGACAUCCACGAAAUCAUCCACGGCAUGGUCGGAGAUAUCCUAACAGGUAAGGACCACUGGCUAAACGCCACCACAGCCUGCACGUAUCCUGAGCCUUGGUGGACGAGACCGGAGCCCAACAGCACCGUCCUCCCCGAGAUCUCGGACAACUUCCCGCGAGACAAACGUGACUACGAGGGUAUCUACGGCAACCACGCGACAGGCAACAUGACGAUAACCCUGAACACGACCGACAACAAGUUAUACUUCAGUCUAGGUCUGAUCGGACGUGGUCUCGUUCUCCCUACCGUCUUUGAUGACCACAUUCUCUUUCGCUGCCAAGGACCUUUAGCGUAUGUCCCCGCAUUCGGUGCUGACGUAGGUCAGAAAGAUGGUAAAGUAUUCUCCCUAACCCUACAAAGCGAUUCCUCUGAACUUCCUGUAGUGUUCGAGCGAGGCCUGAAGCUGACAGACCCGGACCCUACAGAGCCACAGUGGUACGACUGUGCAUGUGUCUCCGCCUCUCCGGACCGCACAGCUUUGAGUUACACAUUCACCUUCUUGCUCUUUUUGGCAUAUAUGUUUACUGUGUAAUCUUAUAAUCAGAUACCAAUGUAUCUGCUCCAUGUGAAAGAUUUCUACAAGCAAUAAAAGUUCGGAGACCACAUAACUCCA